AUGGCCAGAUCUUUCGAUCAGAGCUCGCAGCGAAACAUUUUCCUUGCUAAACGAUUUGCUGGAAUUUUGGAGGAAUGUGCCAAGGAGAGUGUUAUCCUCGAUCGAAAGUUUGCCCUCCAUGCCAGUGUUUCUGAAGGUUUUGCGAAGAAACUAAAAAGCCAUGGUUUCUCAAAAGACGAAAAUGGCGAAAAUGAUAUCAACUCUUCCUACUUCAUGUGCUUUCAAAAUCUCGACAGCGAGUUGGUCGAGGAUGCGUCUUACCUUUUACCUGAGAAAUCUCUAUUAUGGGUCCUCAUAUAUUUCGUUGAAUUUGAUUUUGCUGAUGCGAAACUGGAAGUUAACUAA